GUCGCCUCGUCCGGUGCAAGUCAUCCUGCUCAUCGGUGAAGGAUCAGAUCCAGUGUGUCAGCAACAGGACGGUGCAACAGGAUGGAUUGCAACGAGUUCCGCGGCCGCGGCAAGGAGAUGAUCGAGUACAUAUGCAACUACUUGGAGAAUCUGGAGACGAGACGCGUGACGCCGAACAUCGAGCCCGGCUACUUGAGGAAAUUGCUGCCGGAAGAGGCGCCCGAGAAUCCGGAAGACUGGGACAACAUCAUGUCGGACGUGGAGUCGAAAAUUAUGCCGGGCGUGACGCAUUGGCAACAUCCUCGUUUUCACGCCUAUUUUCCCAGCGGAAACUCCUUUCCUUCCAUCCUGGGAGACAUGCUUUCGGAUGCCAUAGGAUGCAUUGGAUUUUCCUGGGCUGCAAGUCCCGCUUGUACGGAGCUGGAGACGAUUGUCUUGGACUGGUUGGGCAAAGCUAUAGGACUCCCGGAUCAGUUUUUGGCCUUCAAAGAAGGCAGCAGAGGCGGAGGAGUGAUCCAAACAAGUGCAAGUGAGUGUGUCUUGGUGUCAAUGCUGGCGGCAAGAGCUCAAGCCUUAAAACGCUUGAAGCAGCAACACCCGUUCGUCGAAGAAGGCCUUCUGCUAUCUAAACUCAUGGCCUACUGUUCCAAAGAAUCGCAUUCCUGCGUCGAAAAGGCUGCUAUGAUCUGCUUCGUUAAGCUUCGAAUCUUGGAGCCAGACGAGAAGUCGUCACUUAGAGGGAAAACUCUCAUGAUGGCAAUGGAAGAGGACGAAACGAUGGGUCUGAUACCCUUCUUCGUGUCAACCACUUUGGGCACAACAUCCUGUUGCUCCUUCGACAACCUCCCGGAAAUCGGACCGGUUUGCCAAAAGUUCACUUCAGUGUGGCUACACGUGGACGGUGCUUAUGCGGGCAACGCCUUCAUCUGCCCGGAACUGAAGUACUUGCUGGCCGGAAUCGAAUACGCCGACUCCUUCAACACCAACCCGAACAAAUGGCUGCUGACCAACUUCGAUUGUUCCACAAUGUGGGUGCGAGACAGGAUCAGGCUGACGUCCGCCUUGGUCGUGGAUCCCUUGUACCUCCAACACGGCUACUCGGACGCCACCAUCGACUAUCGACAUUGGGGCGUUCCCUUGAGUCGCCGCUUCAGGAGUCUGAAGCUGUGGUUCGUGUUGAGGAGCUACGGCAUCAGCGGCCUUCAGAAGUACAUCAGGCAUCACAUCAAGCUGGCGAAGCUGUUCGAGGAGCACGUAUUGAAGGACAAACGCUUUGAAAUUUGUAACGAAGUCAAGUUGGGUUUGGUGUGUUUUCGGCUGAAAGGUGCCGAUAAAAUCAACGAGAAAUUGUUGAGCAACAUCAACGCGUCUGGUAAAUUGCACAUGGUUCCUGCCAACGUCAACGACAAGUACGUCAUAAGGUUUUGCGUAACGGCACAAAACGCCUCUGAAGCUGACAUAGAUCACGCCUGGGAAGUUAUUAGAGAAUUUGCAGAGGAACUUUUGGACAGUCAAGCCACCGAAAAAGAACAGGAACUUCACGACGAAGUGUUCGAACUGCUGCAACGCAAGCAAAAAGAGACGCUGGCCCACAAGCGCAGCUUCUUCGUGCGGAUGGUCAGCGAUCCGAAGAUCUACAAUCCCUCGAUCGCCAAAGCCCUGCCCUCCACCAGAAGGCAUCUGACUCAACCGGCCGAAUCACCUGAGAACACCAUCACAAUCCAACCACCCACACACAUGAGCGUCACUAAGAGGUCGCCGCCGUCGUUCAAAAGGAGCGCAUCUUGGAUUUCUUGGCCUUUGGCCUUCCUGUUCCAGGGAAUAACCGAGGACGGAUCGUCUGGAAAUGUCCCAAUACGGUUCAGACAUUUGGACACGAAAGUGCGACUGAAGACGGCCGGCAGGAGUCCGAACAACGGAUCGCCGUCUCCUGACGGCGAGGCCAGCAGAUCUCCUAAAAGAUCGCCGGCAAAUUCCAGAAGAGGAUCGCCUACUCCUGCAGAAUUGCAAAUAAAUAAAUAAAUAUAUCACUCGUGUAUCUUUUGUUAUUAACAAAAUUUUAUUUGUUGCGACCAUCUUUUAACAGGGUCUUAAUGCUUAAUCCAGUGGCUAGUUAUUUAUUAUUCAAAAAUGUACUGCUGUUUUUUUCUUGAAAUUACAGAAAUGUAAAUAAAAACAUGUUAUGAAAAUUAGGUAGUUAAUAAAUAUAUGCAACCAAA